AUGCGGCCAAUAACGCGUUCGAGAAACGGCUGCGCAACUUGCAAGAGGCGAAAACGGAAGUGCGAUGAAGCCCGCCCCGAGUGCGGUCCCUGCAUGCGACGUGGUCUUGAGUGUGAAGGGUACACAAAACCCCUCCGGUGGGUGAACGAUACCAUCAGUAUCCAUUCCGCGGAUGAACCAGAGAUCUCGCGGCCUACGGAUCGGGGCUUGGAUACUAGCAAUGUCAACAUCCCUGCUUCGUCAUCCUACCGCGUUCUCAGCGACCAGCCACAGAGUCGUAGGUUAGACGACGACCAUCCGCUUCCGCCGCGUCCAGAUGAGGAUGGCCUCGACGGGCUGGACAACUUAUUCGAAACUUUUUUGAAAUCUGGCCUUGGCAAGCUCUACAACGCGGAGACUCAGUCUUGGAUCAGGCCUAUCUUCGAGGACAUGGCAUCACAAAGCAAGGCCCUCAGAAUAAUAGGCAUCGCUAUCCAGAGCUAUGUCGAUGAUGGGUGCGAUGAUCUGUCUGUAUCUUCCAUGGAACGUCUUGACCUUGCCCUCCGAACAUUCCGCGCUGAGCUUGCUAGCCAACAUGACGACAUCAGGGCAUCAACUGCCUUUGCCGGAUUGAUGGUCUGCUCCUUAUGUCUCUUGUUAGCCCGUCCUUUUACGAUGUAUGUCCAACUUAUGGCAAAUCUGUACAACUUGGACGCCAAAAUGCACUUGCUGGAGCCAGGCCCUGGGCGCGAUCUUCCAACGCUUCAUAUGUUGGAGUCUAUGUGCGUCAUGGACUUGCCAUUAUAUGUGGUCGGCCGUGCAAGCCCCUCAAUCGGGCUUUGGAAGCGCUUCAGAAAGACCCAAGACAGUUGGCCCGGGGGUAGGAUUGGCGGAGUCGAGGUUGGUAUAGGAAUGCCCCGAUCUCUUAUUGACGUACUGGCCGAUAUACCGGAUGGUCCUCAAGCAAGUGUCGAGUCCAGACUAUGGAUAUGGCCCGGUGAGAUCGGCGAAUUCAUACAGUGUCACUUAUGGGACUGUUGGCGGUUCGCAGGGAUUCUCGAAAUUCGCAGAAGAAAAAGGCUCCAAGACGGACAAGCUCAGCAGGAAACCCAGUUCGCGCCAAAUACAGGCGUGAUCAUGUGCCGGCUGAUCUCUGCGAUGGACGCUAUUCACAAGCAUAUCCGUUUUGACCUCGACCGCGAAAAGUACUCGCUGAUACAGAACGGGAUGGUGUUUCCUGUUACAGCAGCCAGCUUAGAGUUUCGCCAGCUGGGCGCCCAUCCUGAAUGGAAAACCACACUGGAGAGUUUUCGUGAACAUUUGUCCAAAAGAGACCCGUUCAACUUUCUGAAGAUCAUAUUUGAGCUGCUUGACGAGGCACAGGCUUCGGGGACAGAGGUCUUCGACAUAAAUGAAGCAGCACGCAGAAGAGGAGUUGAAGUUGUCUUGUUUUAG